GACUCACAAGGGCUGGGAGAAGAAGUAUAGCGACUUACUGUAUUUCACAGACGCAGUUUCAGACGCCUCGCACACAGCUUGAAUUUCAAACUUUAAGUUCGCUGUGUGCUUUCGUUUCCUCCACCUUAGUUGUUAGCUUUGGGGAAAGUCGGCUUGCACAGCUAGUGAGGUUUGUGUCACGUCUCCGCUGCGCACAGGUAGCCAGUCAGCCAUGAAUAAUUCAGGCAUCAUGGUGUCUUCGACGACACUCUCCACAUAUGCAAACAGAACUGUGACAGAGGUAUCAGAUAUGGGGGCUUUAACAUCACUUCCCACACAAGCAGACACGACCAUGAUUCAGGUGGUAACAGCAGCCCCCACAGGUCCAGACUCUGCAGUUAUUGCAGUGGUUGUUGCUCUCAUCCUGAUGACGAUAGCUGGUUUAGCCUUCCUGCUUUACCGGUAUCUCUGCCACAACAAAGGAGACUACAGGACGACAGGGGAGCUGGCUCCAGGAGAGGAUCCCGAUGAGGAGUACAGUAACCAGGCUGUGAGCGAAAAGAAGGAAUACUUCAUAUGAACCCUGCGAAGACUUACAGGGAGUGAGUGGAGCUUACAAAAGAAAAGGGUCUGUGGAAGACUGAGAAGAACUAGGAUAGUUUUUGUGUUUUUUUCUCCCCUGCAUCUGUGUCUCAAGGGAAGGCCGCUACUUGCUGCACAUGGGGCAGACAAGAACCUUUAAGAUUAUGUUACAACAAUUAUAGAAGCGCACAGGCAAUACCAAAGAUGAGAUUAUUAUAAUAAGAGUGAAUAUUGCUGGACGAGGAACGGUUGUCAGAGAACACUUGUGUUCAAAUUAGCUUAGAUAAACACGAAACAGGUGUUAGGAUUUCAAAAGGUCUCAGUAUCAUGAUCAGUAAAUUCACUAACAAUCAAUGUAAGAUUAGCUUCUGUGCUAUAUUAUUUAUCAUUUGUGAUAUUGUUUCUUUCAAACAUACUGUACCUAAUGGGGACAGUCCCUUUUACAUUGAGUUGCUUUUAAAUUGUGUUUCUGUGCUGUUCUUUUAUAAGCUAGUCAAAAAUGGUCAAAAUAGGUCAGCUCAACAUUGUUGUUUUUGAUUGUGUUGGACAUGGUUUGUUUUGUAUUAGAAAGACAUGGUUACUGAUGACUUCCCUAUUUGAGAUAAAUACGGAAGGCAAUAAAACUUGUUUUUGGACUAAUGUCUC